ACUUUCAGCUUAUCGAUUAUUUGGGAUGUGUAGUCAUGCGCAUCAACUUUGCCAGUGUCAAGGCAAAGGAAAAAACUACAACUCCCGGCUGGCGUGGGGGCGCAUCGCUUCGCCCGAGUUGCUCACACACACUGACUGUAGUUCGCUCGACUGUAAAAAUCCCUUCUAAUUAUUCAGUUCGUAAUUAAAUAAAAAGAGUUUGGCCGUCAUGGCGGAAUCUGCAGCGUGUCCCGCUUUCCAGCUCGGGAGACCCCGCUACGAUCAGAAUUUAUUCCUUGGACGUCUGAGACACUUUGUUGACAUCAUUGAUCCCCGCACCCUGUUCGUCUCAGAGAAAAAGUUAAAAGAAUGCAUCAAACUCCUUGAUGACUAUAAACACAACACACUUCCUCCGGGAGUGUCUGCAGAUCAGUUGUGGGAAGCCCAGAAGAUUAAACAGGCCAUCAUUCACCCUGACACAGGAGAGAAGAUCUUCAUGCCAUUUCGAAUGUCAGGUUAUGUGCCAUUCGGAACACCAAUUGUCAUUGGCCUUCUCCUCCCAAAUCAGACUGUGAUGUCUACCAUUAUCUGGCAGUGGCUGAACCAGAGUCACAAUGCCUGUGUGAACUAUGCCAACCGGAAUGCCACAAAGCCUACUCCUACAUCUAAGUUUCUUGAAGGCUAUGUCGGAGCUGUGACCAGUGCUGUCUCUAUUGCAGUGGGACUGAAUGUGCUGAUUCAGAAGGCCAACAAGCUGAGCCCUGCCACCAGAAUGAUCAUCCAGAGAUUUGUCCCCUUCCCAGCUGUGGCAAGUGCAAACAUCUGUAACGUAGCCCUGAUGAGACACAACGAACUGUCUGAAGGUAUCGACGUUCUAGACAACAACGGCAACGUGGUGGGGUCCUCCAAAAUCGCUGCUCGACAUGCAAUAAUGGAGACCGCCUUCACACGUGUGGUCCUUCCUAUGCCGAUCUUUGUGCUGCCGCCAAUCAUCAUGUCCUACCUCGAAAGGCUGCGAUUCCUGCAGAGAAACCGCAGACUUCUGCUGCCCAUCCACAGCGUUGUAUGCCUGGUUACGUUCGGCCUCUCGCUGCCUGUGGCUAUCAGCCUCUUCCCUCAGAUGUCUCAGAUUGAGGUGUCUCGCCUUGAGCCGGAAAUUGCCAUGGCAACGGAUUGCAAAGUGUUGACCUACAACAAAGGUUUAUGAUGAAGAUGGGACUGGAGCUCUAAACUCAGACUGCUUUAUGAAGGACUGUAACUGCGACCCUGCUGCAGGGUUUUCGGGGUAUCUGACAUGUAAUUAUUAUUAGAGUUGUAUUUACCCAACAUUCCUAGACCUGUUCUCAUACAGAAAAUGCUGCAUUCACUGAGCCAGGGUGAAUCCUCUCAAUAGCCCAGAGAUUGUUGCCUUCACUACAGCUGUCCAAGAACUGUACCUCUAUAACAUCCCUUUUUGUCAAUAAUGUCAAUAAAGUUUCUGUUACACCAUCAACUUAAAUGCUGAUCCAUUAAAUUCUGAUAAUGAGAUUGUUCAAAUAUGCCUUUCCUGGACUGUUUUUGAGUCAGAUAUGUUUUGUGUUUUUCUCAUGUUUCUUCAUAUAUUUUUGUCCCGAUGUGUUGAGCUCUGGAAGCUGAUGUUAUGUUUGUUUUUCUGUCAGUGGAAGCAGCAGGAUGAAAGGGGUUAUUGAGUUUUUGUAGAGCAGAGAGCAGCUGCAGAGUGUGGGGAUUCUUCCCUGUGCAUUAAUAUUACUGAAGGCGCCUCUCAAAAUACACUUAAUAGACAACCCCCUGCACAUUUAUAGGCACCCCAGUGGAAAUGUAGAAAUGCCUCAGAUGAAAUUUCUUUUAUAGCAGCAGCCUAUGUUUACACUAAGAAAUGUUCCAACCUUUAAAUUUGCUAGUUCUUUCAGUAAUUUAUUUAGUUCUUCUUCUUCUUCUUCCCUGCUGUUGAAACUUUGAACAACCUGUUUUGGCAUAAAGGACAGGAAGACCUCAUUGGUGACCCAUUUCAUGUUCAGUAGUAAAGUCCAACAGGUAUUUAUUUAAAACUGGACCACAGCAUUGUAGGGACUCAAUAUUUGCUACCUGUAGACAUGAUUUACAGAUUUGUCCUCCAGUGCUUUUUAAACUAGUCCUACAUGUAGAGUUUGUUGCCAAAAACGCAGUUUUAUGCUGAUUAAGUUUCAUCCCUCAACCCUCAUACUUUGUCAUUAUUUCUGCUGCAUGAGGGGACGGUAGGGAAAUUUAAACAUAUUUCUUUUUCAGAGGCAUACUUGGAGCAAAGGGACAAAAUAAUGUACAAAGAAAUUUAGUUUAUGUUAUUUGUAACCUUACAGAAAUAUAUUAAUUAUUUCUAAUUGGUUAAAAAUACAAAAAGAUUAUAAAAUAAUUCUUAACUUAAAAUGUUUUACUGUCACAAACAUACAAAAUUAGAUUUAGUCUUUGGCUUGUUUGCCCAAAGCACACAAUACCAAUUAAUUGAUCUUUACUAAUGGUGGAUGUGCUGAAAUAAAAUAUUUUGUUGAUCUAUUUGUGCUAAUAAAGGUGAAAGGUAUCAUGACUACCUUUAUUCAGUCACAAGGCUGUUCUGUUGUAACAUAAGCUAGAGUUGUGAUAUAAAACAGUAAUUUCUGACGGGUAUUAUCUAAAAAUCAUUGAAAUGAGUCAGACUUUGUGUUGUACAUCUAUAUGUUGGAGCAGUCUGUAAAAAUCUAAACUGGUCACAUAUUACUUGACCAGUUUAGAUUUGUUUUAGCUGUUCCUUUUUACUGGGGCUUAAUGAAUCUCUGCUGCAGAUAUUUGCUGAUUUAUAAACUGAUAAAUAUGAACAGAGCACUUUUUUUUAAUUUCUGACAUUGUCUGAACUUUUUGUCUUAAUAUUUUUACACUAUUGACUGUUAUUCAACUUUAACUGCAGUUACAUUAGAUUUUUUUUCUGUUAUUUUUUUGUAUGUGUAACAUAUAUGAGAUGAAAUGUAUUGUUUAUAAAUUCAUUCCUAUUAAAUGUUUGCUUGU